CUGCCAGGACGAGGCCGGCACCUCAUUCAUUUCCACCGGUCUCUUGCUGAGCAGCUCGAACGCCUGUCAUCGCUGUCCCUCAGCUGCUCCCGCCCCCGCAAGGCUUCGCUGUCGCCAAAGCCACCUCUGGCGACUCGUCGCACCCAAUUCUCUCAACUUCGUUCCCCGCCAACCGCAACCAUUGACGCCAUGUCGGGUUAUUCGAGUGACCGAGACCGCGGCCGGGAUCGAGGGUUUGGUGCACCUCGAUUUGGAGGAAGUAGGGCAGGGCCCCUGUCUGGAAAGAAGUUUGGAAAUCCUGGAGAGAAACUAGUUAAGAAGAAGUGGAAUCUUGAUGAGCUGCCCAAAUUUGAGAAGAAUUUUUAUCAAGAACACCCUGAUUUGGCUAGGCGCACAGCACAAGAGGUGGAGACAUACAGAAGAAGCAAGGAAAUUACAGUUAGAGGGCACAACUGCCCAAAGCCAGUUCUGAAUUUUUAUGAAGCAAACUUCCCUGCAAACGUCAUGGAUGUGAUUGCAAGACAAAAUUUUACUGAACCCACUGCUAUUCAAGCUCAGGGAUGGCCAGUUGCUCUAAGUGGAUUGGAUAUGGUUGGAGUAGCACAGACUGGAUCUGGGAAAACAUUGUCUUAUUUGCUGCCUGCCAUCGUCCAUAUCAAUCAUCAGCCAUUCCUAGAGAGAGGUGAUGGGCCUAUUUGCUUAGUGCUGGCACCAACUCGGGAACUGGCCCAACAGGUACAGCAAGUAGCUGCUGAGUACUGUAGAGCAUGUCGCUUGAAGUCCACUUGCAUCUAUGGUGGUGCUCCCAAGGGACCACAGAUUCGUGAUUUGGAGAGAGGUGUGGAAAUCUGUAUUGCAACACCUGGAAGACUUAUUGACUUCUUAGAGUGUGGGAAAACCAAUCUGAGAAGAACCACCUACCUUGUACUUGAUGAAGCAGACAGAAUGCUUGAUAUGGGCUUUGAACCCCAAAUAAGGAAGAUUGUGGAUCAGAUAAGACCUGAUAGGCAAACCCUAAUGUGGAGUGCAACUUGGCCAAAAGAAGUAAGACAGCUUGCUGAAGAUUUCCUGAAAGACUAUAUUCAUAUAAACAUUGGUGCACUAGAACUGAGUGCAAACCACAACAUUCUCCAGAUUGUGGAUGUGUGUCAUGAUGUAGAAAAGGAUGAAAAACUUAUUCGUCUAAUGGAAGAGAUCAUGAGUGAGAAGGAAAAUAAAACCAUUGUUUUUGUUGAAACCAAAAGAAGAUGUGAUGAACUUACUAGAAAAAUGAGACGAGAUGGGUGGCCUGCCAUGGGUAUCCAUGGUGACAAGAGUCAACAGGAACGAGACUGGGUUCUAAAUGAAUUCAAACACGGAAAAGCUCCUAUUCUGAUUGCUACAGAUGUGGCCUCCAGAGGGCUAGAUGUGGAAGAUGUGAAAUUUGUCAUCAAUUAUGACUACCCUAACUCCUCAGAGGAUUAUAUUCAUCGAAUUGGAAGAACUGCUCGCAGUACCAAAACAGGCACAGCAUACACUUUCUUUACACCUAAUAAUAUAAAGCAAGUGAGCGACCUUAUUUCUGUGCUUCGUGAAGCUAAUCAAGCAAUUAAUCCCAAGUUGCUUCAGUUGGUCGAAGACAGAGGUUCAGGUCGUUCCAGGGGUAGAGGAGGCAUGAAGGAUGACCGUCGGGACAGAUACUCUGCGGGCAAAAGGGGCGGAUUUAAUACCUUUAGAGACAGGGAAAAUUACGACAGGGGCUACUCUAGUUUGCUAAAGAGAGAUUUUGGGGCAAAAACUCAGAAUGGUGUUUACAGUGCUGCAAAUUACACCAAUGGGAGCUUUGGAAGUAAUUUUGUGUCUGCUGGUAUACAGACCAGUUUUAGGACUGGUAACCCAACAGGGACUUACCAGAACGGUUAUGAUAGCACUCAGCAAUAUGGAACUAAUGUUCCAAAUAUGCACAAUGGUAUGAACCAACAGGCAUAUGCAUAUCCUGCUACUGCAGCUGCGCCUAUGAUUGGUUAUCCAAUGCCAACAGGAUAUUCUCAGUAAGACUUCAGAGGUAUAUGUAAAUGUCGGUUUUUCAUAAUUGCUCUUUAUAUUGUGUGUUACCAGACAAGAUAGUUAUUUAAGAAACAUGGGAAAUGCAGAAAUAACUGCAGUGCAGCAGUAAUUAUGGUGCACUUUUUCGCUAUUUAAGUUGGAUAUUUCUCUACAUUCCUGAAACAAUUUUUAGGUUUUUUUUGUACUAGAAAAUGCAGGCAGUGUUUUCACAAAAGUAAAUGUACAGUGAUUUGAAAUACAAUAAACGAAGGCAAUGCAUGGCCUUCCAAUAAAAAUAUUUGAAGACUGAAUUAAGUGGAAAUUGUACUUUAUUUUACAUAUAUAAUGUCAUGUAAAACCUUACUUUAGAUGGUCUGUUUUCUUAAAUCGUAAAAACUAAAAUGACUGCUCCUUUCCAUAAUUUAGUUUUAUGAAUUGGGGAGAUCAGAAUGCCCUUCUUAAAGUGAUCUAUUCAUAUUGCAAGAAUUAAAAGGGAUUGAGUUAGGUGAAUUUAUAAUGGCUAAGCUAAAGUGCAUAAUAAAGGCUUUCUGUUUAUACCUCCCAGCAUGAGGUGAGUCAUCAGAUAGCCUAUUUGUUAGCGAAAUGGUAAAAUGAGGUGCUAAGUAGUAACUGCAUAGCCCCCCAAAAGCUGCUUAGAGUAACAUGGAUGGCUUUGUUCUUUUGCAAAAUAUAAUUUGAUAACUUGUUUUUCAAAAGAUUGUAUGCUGUUGGCUCUAUUAUAAUAAAUUACUGAAAUGUUCAACAGCUCAAAGACAACACCUUUUCAAGAUGACCAAGAGCUAGGUUUGAGUUUUUCAGUGUUCUUUGUGGGUGUUGUGCAGAUCUUAGUCUAUAGGCUUCCUGGGGCUCUUCAGUGUAGUCACACACGGAGUUGUGAAUGUCUUCCCAAUAAUUGAGGAAAUUGUAUUGACUUACAACUGUAAGGUCCAUAAUAAAUGAAUACAAGAAAAAUCUUGUCAAAGUUAAUGGAUAACAACUAACAGAAGACAACACAACCAAAAAAGCACAGUGACUGGUACAGGUCAUCGUGUUUUAGGGUCAGUGUGAGUCUACAACCAGAAAGAUCCAGGGUAGCUGUAGAUUUAACCUUGUUUACCACUCUUUCUCAUACUUGAUUUCAAUAAUGGUUAGAAGUAGGACAAUGUCUUCCCAGAGAGUCUGGUAUAUACUUUUUGCAAGAAGAGGGUCUUUAUGAGGCUUCAUUUAAAUUCUGAUUAUUAAACAGGCUUAAUUGGUGUGUGAAUGCCUUAUCUCUAAAAAAUGUAAAAUGAGUUUGAAGUGGGGAUAGGGAGUGGUAUUUUUAGGACUGAAAAACUGAUUCAACCUCCAGUAAACAAUGGCUUUCAACAGCAUGGUUAGUCAAAUUCAUUAUGACAAGCUUUUGGGUAGGUUGGAAUAUUUAUUUACAUAUUUAACUGUUUAAUGUUUUAAUGUGGGCCUUUUAAUUUGUAAACACUGAAAUGAUUGUGGGGCUGUGGGAAACAUUUAUCUAUUUACCUUUGAAGUAAGUUUUAAAAGACAGUCCACUUUUUAGCAUGUGUUUUGUGUCCAACCUGUGGUCUUAAUAAAUGUGAUUUUUCUCCCCA